AUGGCUCUCUACUCAUCGGCACCGCCAGAUCGGCCUUUCAGUGAUGCAAAGCCGACAUUGCUCGUGGCCUGGUGGAUAACCCUCUUUUGCACCUGUCUCAUCCUGCUUCGCCUCUCUGGACGGUACAUUCGCGUGGAAAAGCUCUUCCUCGAAGACAGGAUCACUGCAUUGGCGUUACUGCCGUUGUACCUCCGGAUGGCGUGUACCCACGUCGUUUUGCUUUAUGGAACGAACAAUAUUGAGCUUGCUGGGCUCGACCUUUCACCCGAGGAAAUUCAGCAAAGAAUUGUUGCCAGCAAAGUUGUGCUUGCAGGGAGGAUCUUCCAUGCUGCCACACUGUGGACGCUCAAAUUUACAACCCUUGAGUUUCUCAACCGCCUAGCUGGUGCUUCAUCGAAAAAAGUCUACAAGAUACUCAUCAACAUCCUGAGAAGCCUCCUUGCAGCAUCAUUCCUAGCCAUCAUAGUGAGCGACCUUGCGGAAUGUCGGCCGAUCUCUCACUACUGGCAGAUCCUUCCAGAUCCAGGACCCCAGUGUCGACAAGGCGUGGCACAGCUGCUCACAAUGGGCAUCUCCAGCGCCGUCCUCGAUGCCAUACUCAUCGUCUUCCCCAUUCCCAUCAUCAUGUCGACUCGCAUCCCCACUCGGCGCAAGGUGCUGCUGUCCAUGCUCUUCUGCUUCGGUUUUCUGACGGUGGGCAUCACUAUCUACAGGAUCCCGGAGACGAUCAAAGAGCAUGGUGACCAAAUCGUUCGAUCCAUGUGGGCAUCCGUCGAGCUGCUCGCAGCAACUGCGGUAGCAAAUCUGGUUGCUCUUGGCUCUUUUCUCAGAGAUAGCGGAGCGAGAAAGAUCAAAUUUCGGCCAAACUACCACAGCAGCGGUACAACUUCGCGCCCUCAGCAAGGCCAGGGCACAACAACAAGCAUGUGGGAUCAAGCUGAAGGCGAGCACCGGGCCAGAUCGGACAUCAAUCAUUGGGAGGACGCCAAGCAGGCCGAUACCGCAGCCAACUCUCUAUCGAACGAUGGAGCUCCCCGUCCUCAAUCGUCCAGUGGCAGCGCAGUUAGCCCGACGCAAAGCCAUGACUCGCUCAUCCAAGCAGACCGCGGAUCUUCGAAGGCUGCCGCGAUUCUUAGCCUCGAGACUCCUCGAUCGCCAGAACGCGUGGUGCCCGCCGGGAUGGCUAGCCUCAAACGCAGAUAGUUAUUACCUUCCAAUCAAAGCCUCUUUGAGUUCCUG